AUGAUUUAUAGUUUUAUUUGGUUAUUUUUCGUAAACAUGUCACUGUUGAUAAGAUGUGUUAUUAUCGCUUUAGUUGUUACAAAUGUACUUGGCAACAACAAAAACGGUAACGGAAAGAGCAAUGGAAAUGGUAACGGAAAGAGCAAUGGAAAUGGCAAUGGAAAGACUAACGGAAAUGGACAGACUAAUGGAAAUGGCAAUGGAAAAACUAAUGGAAAUGGCAUUGGACAUAGCAAUGGAAAUGGCAAUGGACAUAGCGCUGGACUUACCCCUGGAAAUGGCAACGGACAGGGAAAUGGGAAUGGGCAUGGGAGCUAUGCUCAACCUCCGAUAUCUAGCUCUUUCAAAGACGUAUUCCUCCCUGGUUUAGGGAAGAAACCAACACUCGGAACAACUAGGUCGACUUGCUGGGCUCGAGGUGGCAUAUGUGUGGACAUCAGACAAUGUCCUUCGCUUCACAUGGAUGUCGGAGUGGCUGGGUGCUCUUGGGGGUACAAAGUCUGCUGCAAGGUCCAUAUACUCGGCGCCCCCACAGUCGGUAGUCAACGAAGAUACUCUGUACCAGUUAUAAACAACCUGGAUGAUCUAGGAGCUUCUUUAGAAAUAAUCGCUCUAAGGAACUCGAUGCUACUGUCCAGCUGGCAAUCAAAAAAUGACGAUAUUCACUUAGAUGAAUUGCUCAACUAA